AUGCAAGUUCUUUUGGCUAGCACUAAAGAAGUCAAGGAUAAGAAUGAUGGUUUUGAAACUGUGGUGAAGAAAAACAAAGGUAAUAAGUCGAAAGUCAGCUCUAAUUCAGUUGUAGGGGAGAGGAAAAAAUUUGUGAUCCAGGGGCAGUAUGGAAAUAAUUCGAAAAAUGAAAGAUUAGGGGCUGAGGCUGGUAAUCACAUACAGGGGCAAAAUGUGAAUAAUCCAAAAAAUAAAAAUUCUGGAGUGUUUUCUGGAAAUAGCGUUCAGGGGUAUUAUGGAAAUAACUCUAUUUUGUCGGAAAAAAGAUAUGUUCAAGGAGGGAAAGCUAGUAGCAAAAAUGAGUAG